CAUGGGCGUUGGACCCUUCUGCAAUCUAGACAAUUUGUAAGUCGCUCUGAAUAAGAGCGUCUGCUAAAUGACUUAAAUGUAAAAUGUAAAUGUAGAUCAUAGCAUAGUUACUGCGUGAAAUGUACUUUCUUCUGAAGAGGAAGGCGCGUAAACUCCUCUUCUUCCUCCCUCCUCUUUGCGAGGCGUUCCAUCUGCUGGUGCUCUGCUGCGCGCUCCCGUGUUGGCUCGGGCUUUUAACUGACUUAACGGAAUUAGAACUCUGACUGAGCUCCGGUUUCAUCCAUCUUCUGAAGUUCAGUUCGGAGGUUCGGGUUGGAGACGGUUGGGAGUGUUUUGGGUUUGAAAGUCUAGUUUUAACCGAACAAAGGCAUGGAGGCUCGUGGAGUUCUCUCUCUGCUGUGCGUUGCGCUGUGCGCUGGGGCGCUCGCACAGCAGACCGACAGACCCAAGUUCUGGGAGUGUCCUGUGGACCUGUUCUUUGUGCUGGACACGUCUGAGAGUGUUGCUCUGAGGGCCAAACCUCCCAACUUCUACAUCGACCAGAUCAAGAGCUUUACUGAACGCUUCAUCAUGGAGCUCAAAGAGAUGCGCCAGCCAUGUGACCGGUCCCUGACGUGGAACUCCGGAGCGCUGCACUACUCUGAUGAGAUCAUCUUAGUGCGCCAGCUGAGUGACAUCGCCACCGAGCGACAGGCGCUCAUCAGUGACAUCAAGGGCAUCAGCUACAUCGGCAAGGGAACACACACUGACUGUGCCAUCAAGAGAGGCAUCGCUGAGCUGCUCAUAGGGGGCUCCCACUACCAGGAGAAUAAGUACAUCGUCGUGGUGACGGACGGGCAUCCUCUAACAGGUUACAAGGAGCCCUGUGGGGGGUUACAGGAAGCUGCCAAUGAGGCCAGGCAACACGGGGUUAAAGUCUUCUCUGUCGCCAUAUCACCUGACCAGGAGGACACAAGACUGUCAGUGAUUGCUACAGACCAGAACUACAGACAAAACUUCACAGCAGCUGACAACAGCAGAUCCACCCAGCUACAGACCAUACGCAGUAUCAUAGAUAUGAUCACCAAUGAGACCAAGGAUGUGUGCUGUUCUUUCGACUGCAACGCUAAAGGAGGUCCCAAAGGACCAGUAGGAGACCUCGGGUCCAAGGGUGAAACAGGUAGACAGGGGAUGCCAGGGGAGAAGGGAGACAUCGGGGUUGAUGGGAAUUUGGGAGACCCCGGCCCUGUGGGGUACCGUGGAAUGAAGGGCGACCGUGGUGGAAGAGGUGACAAGGGCGAGAGAGGCCAUAAAGGCUACAAGGGAGACAAAGGACAACGGGGAACAGAUGGAGUUGAUGGACGUAAGGGUGAUCCAGGCUUUUCUGGUCUAGCCGGCUGUAAAGGUUCCCCAGGACCUGACGGCUCACAGGGAGACGGCGGUCCUAAGGGAGAUCCUGGUCCAUACGGAACCAAAGGAGCUAAGGGAGAUCAGGGGAAAGACGGAGAACCAGGACGACCCGGCAACUAUGGACUGCCUGGAAUCAAGGGUACACCGGGCCCAAAAGGAGCCAAUGGGGACAAAGGACAGCGGGGUGAUGAUGGAGCACCUGGACCGGAUGGCCUCCGGGGAGACAAAGGAACCCCAGGAGAGAAAGGAGAACAAGGAACCCGUGGAAACAGAGGACCAAGAGGAGAUUUGGGUGACCCAGGACCUCGUGGAGAUCAGGGCAGAGAGGGUUCAUCUGGAGCCAAUGGAGAGCCUGGUGACAUCGGCAGGGCGGGGUCUGCAGGAUAUAGAGGAGAUGAGGGCGCCCCCGGACCAGAGGGCCCCAAAGGACCAAGAGGAAUCAAAGGAGCUCCUGGAGACAGAGGCCAGAUGGGAACCAGGGGAGAAGAUGGGGCACCAGGAAAUGGAACCGAAGGUUGCCAUGGUUUCCAGGGUUACCCCGGCCCACGAGGGGGCAUUGGAGAGCCGGGCGGGAAGGGAACCCCGGGACCCAAAGGAGAUGACGGAGAGCCUGGAAACCCUGGCCUGGAUAACGACUCCCCAGGACUCCCAGGGAACAAAGGAGCCAAAGGUCACCGAGGACCUGAAGGAAACCCGGGACCAGUUGGGCCUCCCGGACCUGCAGGAGUUGAUGAUUGUGAGAUUCUGGAUAUCAUCAUGAAGCUUUGCUCGUGCUGUGAGUGUAAGUGUGGGCCCCUGGACCUGGCCUUCAUCGUGGACAGUUCUGAGAGUAUCGGCUCCACUAACUUCGCUCUAGCUAAAGACUUCAUCAUCACGGUCAUAGAUCGCCUUAUUAAGGACCAGCAAGUUCGUUUUGGUUUUAAUGAGUCCAGGGUAGGCGUGGUGCAGUACAGUGGGGAUGGAGCCCAGGAGGCUGUCAGACUGGGAGACCCCAACAUUAACACACUGACUGAGCUUAAACAGGCGGUGCGGGACCUGCGCUGGCUGGCUGAGGCCACCUAUACAGGGGAGGCUCUGCAGUUCUCUCUGACCAACAUGAUUGACCGUCUGCAGCAGGAGAACCGCGUGGUCCUAGUGCUCACUGACGGACGCUCUGAUAUCACCAGAGAUAAAACACCGCUCAACACACUCUGUGGGAAGGGCAUCAAGGUGGGAGGUCUGGGAGUGAAGGACUACUCUGGCCGUCAGCCCAACCAUGAACAGCUCAGUGCUGUGGUCUGUACGAGUGACCCUAAACCAGGCUUCUCCUUCGUACUGGAGAACUUCGCUGAACUGCUGGAUGACAGCUUCUUACAGAACCUCACCACACGCAUCUGUGAAGAUAAGAAGUGUCCUAACUACAAAUGUCCCAUCUCCUUCUCAGGGGACACAGACAUCGUAUUGAUGAUGGACAGUUCAGCCAGUGUGGGACAGAGGAACUUUGACUCCAGCAAGACCUUCGUCAAGCGUCUGGCUGAGCGCUUCCUGUCUGCCGAGAGGUCCGGCCGCGCUGCCGUGCGUGUCGCCGUGGGCCAGUACAGUCGUGAACGCCGCAUGGAGGCAGAGCUGACCUCUAACCUCACCCUGCUGACCCGUAAGAUCGAUGCCGCCACCUUCCAGAAUGACGGUACUGACGUUACCAAGGCGAUGGCCUUCGCCAUGGAGCAAUUCAAGACAUCAGGGGGCGGGAACAGGAAGAGGAAGCUGGUGCUGUUCUCUGACGGGAGGUCGCAGGGCGUUACCGAGGCGAUGCUGGAGAAGCGCGUACGGCUGGUGUCAGAGGCAGGAGUGGAGCUGUACGUUAUCACCGUGGGCAACCAGGUGAGCGAGGCCAACCUGCGCUCGCUGGUCAGCAGGGGGAGGAGUUACGACGUCACCUACGCCCAGCGCCACCUGUUCCGCGUCCCAGACUACCCAUCUCUGCUGCGUGGCGUGUUCUACCAGACCGUGUCCCGCAGGGUCUCCCAGGCCUGAGUGCAGGGGUCAGGGCUGGGACCACAUGCUUUAGAGUUUAGUCUCCCUCAUUAUGAAUGUCCAUUCGUACUUCGUCGCUAAUUUACAAUCACUGUGUUUUAGUUGUGUUUUUAUGUCUGAUAAUGACAGAAGACGAUUGUGUGUCAGACUGUGUAAGAGAUUGUGUUACACUGUGUUCAUGUGCUCUCUGAAUUAUCAGGACCAUCCAACCGGGAAACUCCUGAAAAACUCCCGUAACAGAAACUAGUUUCAGAUGUCUAAAACAGUUUGUUAUGAGCUUCUAAGUUGUAACAUCUCCCAGUCAGACUGUUCCCAGUUCCAUAAUUCCCAGUCAGACUGUUCCCAGUUCCAUAAUUCCCAGUCAGACUGUUCCCAGAUCCAUAAUUCCCAGUCAGACUGUUCCCAGAUCCAUAAUUCCCAGUCAGACUGUUCCCAGAUCCAUAAUUCCCAGUCAGACUGUUCCCAGAUCCAUAAUUCCCAGUCAGACUGUUCCCAGAUCCAUAAUUCCCAGUCAGACUGUUCCCAGAUCCAUAAUUCCCAGUCAGACUGUUCCCAGUUCCAUAAUUCCCAGUCAGACUGUUCCAGGUUCUACAAUUCUAAGCAGCACAUGAACACAGCAUUAAACAGGAAGGUUACUGUAAAAUAAUGUUUUUUUUUUGUGUGUUUUUUUUUUAAACAAACUUAUUUUAUGUUGUUUGUAGAUCAGAGACAGAACAGGAUAUGACAUCACUCCAUAUGUUUUAAACAUCAAAGUUAAACAUUAAACAUCCUCCCUAUAGACAACCUGGUCAAAAUGAAGAUACUGAACAGCUGGACACAGACUGUUAACGUAUGUGUGUGUUUAGGGGAAUGGUCUCUAAUGUCCAGUAUAUCAUGUAGCAUUUUCUCUAUAAACAGUUUGUCUGGGUUCACUUGUUUAGAUGAUGACAGACACACACACACAUACACACACAACCACACACACACUCCUCUCUGUAUCAGCCUCACUAACGCUUGAAGGCUACCAACCGUAAACUUUGUUUUGGAUGGAUCAUUCAGUCCUUCAACGUUCCAGGUAACAGAUGUGUGUGUUGUCAGCAGGGAAUUCCCUCUAUGUAAUAAAUCACUAAUCCUCGGUGCUAUCGUUCAAAGCAAGUGUCUCAGUGUCAGAUUACCUCUGUAGCAGUAGACUUCCACAUGUAAAACUGAUGUCUUGAUCUGAAAGAAAACAUUUUGUUUGGACCAAGCGAGCUGCUUCAUUAAAUGCCGCGUCACCCCCCAA